CGGAAAUGCGCCUCAGGCAUGUAAAAGCGAUUUUUGACGAAGACGAAGUUGUAGAAGUAGAAAUUGUAAGGGCAAUUGAUAAUAUUGAUAAAGAAGAAGUUGAAGAAGACACGGGCCUCGGGCUAAAGCAACGCAAUGUUCGCGUACGGUUUCGAGAUAACGUAGUGGUUGGCAUGUAAUAUAUAAUAUGUCGAUGCGCGGCGCGCCCUACGUAGCUUCACGGUGAGAAUCUGGCGUGAGCGGUGCCGCGGUGGAUCGGGGAUCAUGGCGUCGGUCUCGGCCGAGACUCCAGCCAGCCAUGGACACAGCUUCAGCAAGAAAACCUUUCACAAGCCGACGUACUGCCAUAGCUGCACCGACAUGCUCUGGGGCCUCAUACAGCAGGGGUACAUCUGCGAAGUUUGCAACUUCGUGGUGCACGACCGCUGUCUCAAGGCCGUCGUCUCUCCCUGCUCCAGCAUCGCGGCAAGCCUGACAAAAAACCCGGUUGCACACUGUUGGUCCGAACAGGUAACACAUAGAAGAAAAUUUUGUAACGUUUGUCGAAAGAGGCUCGAUGAUCAUUCGACGUCAAUACAUUGUGAAAUUUGCGAGUACUUUGUUCACACGGAUUGUCAGGAUUUCGCGGUAGCCGAUUGUAAGGAGAAUGCAACGUAUUUACCUGGGAAGGAUUUGGUUUCAGUGAAGCAUACGCAUCACUGGCGAGAAGGCAAUCUUCCCACUAAUUCCAAAUGCGCCAUGUGUAAAAAGAGUUGUUUCUCCCUUGAGUGCCUCGCUGGAUUUCGUUGCGAAUGGUGUGGAAUGACGUCGCAUGCCUAUUGUCAUAAAAACAUUCGUGAAGAAUGUACUUUCGGAAGUUUAGAGAAGAUCUAUUUGCCUCCACAUGCGAUCAGUAUUCCACGAACCGAAGUACCUAUGGAAGCAAUUAUUGGGGUACAAGUGAGACGAAAGGAAAACAUCUCCCGUGAGUAUUCAUGUCCGCGAAGCAUAUCAGAGGAGUUUAGCAGCGGAGAUUCACGUUAUCGAGAUAAUGAUGAACCCGUUCAACAAGGAGCACACAGUCGUGAUCCUCGUGCACAGAAAGAGAAGGACGAAAAAGAAAGGGCAGACGAAGAAAUGAUAAAGGUUUACGAUGGAAAUAAUUCAUUAAGUCGGAGAAUAUUUCGAGUGAUUAGCGUGCCUCGACAAGCGACAACGGAGCAAAUUCUCACAUCGGCGCUUCGUUCGUUUCACAUCAAAAGAGACCCGAAUCAUUUUUACCUAACCGAUCUGUAUGCCGAAGAAGAAGUUCCAUUAUCUGAUCCUUCGCCACUUCAAAAUUUAAAUCGCAGGGAGGGCAAACGUCCGGCUGUCUUUCUUCGAUUUAAGGAUAGUGACAGCGGCGAAGUGAGGGUUUAUCCGGGAAAACUUCAAGUUUCCGAAUCCUUUUGUAUAGUUCCGGUCACUGAAAGGACAAAUAUAUCCGAUCUCAUUCGAGAGGCUCUUCUUCGUUUUGGCUUGCAAGAUUUUAUGUACGAGGAUUACAGAUGUAGUCAAGUUCUUCUCGAUCGCGGAGUUACAGGAAGAGUGCUCGCAUGGGAUGAAAAACCUUGGGAACUUGUCAAAAUGCUGGGACACGAUUCAAUUAGGCAAAUGGAAUUGAUGAGAUUUUAUCUGCAAUUAAAGCAGGACCCACAUGGUCCUAAUCUUGCUUUGUUUGUUGGUAACCUACCGCCAAAUCUUUCUCAACGCAAUUAUGAAAAUAUGUUGACCGAAUUUUUAGGCAAAGAAAAUAAAUUUUCAUCAAUCGGACCCAUAUAUUACGAAUACGGUUCGAUGGUUAUUAUAUACGAAGAUUCGAAUAAAGCGGUUAAGGCUCUCUAUAUGUUACGUGAAUCGAAAUACGAAGAUAAACACCUCUUAGUAAUGCUUUUGCCCAGUAUCGAGCCAAGAAUGGUGCCAAGCCAUGUUCAGCCUUUACUAGUUUUUGUAAAUGUAAAGUCCGGCGGUUGUCAAGGGCUUGACUUGAUAUCGAGUUUUCGUAAGCUUUUGAAUCCCUAUCAAGUGUUCGAUUUGGAUAACGGUGGCCCACUGCCUGGAUUGUACGUGUUUCGUCAUAUAAAGAAUUACAAGAUCCUUGUCUGCGGAGGAGAUGGAACAAUAGGCUGGGUAUUGCAGUGUUUGGAUAAUGUUGGCCAGGACAGUGAAUGCUCAUCUCCUGCGUGUGCAAUAGUUCCUCUAGGUACAGGAAACGACCUCGCCCGCGUUUUAAGGUGGGGUUCCGGCUACACUGGUGCUGAAGAUCCCCUUAAUUUACUCAAGGACGUAAUUGAAGCUGAGGAAAUAAGAUUGGAUCGUUGGACCGUUGUUUUUCAUCCCGAAGAGAAAGAGGACGCUGCUGUCGCAGGUUCGACAAGUGAAGACAAUUCGCAAAUUCUCGUGAUGAAUAAUUACUUUGGAAUUGGUAUCGACGCUGAUCUUUGCUUAGAUUUUCAUAAUGCGAGGGAGGAAAAUCCAAAUAAAUUCAACAGUCGUUUACACAAUAAGAGUGUGUACGUGAAAAUGGGCUUGAGAAAAAUGGUCGGCCGCAAGCCGUGCAAAGAUCUUCACAAGGAAAUUCGUUUAGAGGUCGAUGGAAAAUUGGUGGAAUUGCCGCAAGUUGAGGGGAUUAUAAUUCUUAAUAUUUUAAGUUGGGGCUCCGGUGCGAAUCCUUGGGGACCCGAUAAGGAGGAUCAGUUCAACAAGCCAAAUCACUGGGACGGAAUGCUGGAGGUUGUUGGCGUCACGGGAGUUGUUCAUUUAGGUCAAAUUCAAUCUGGCCUUCGCACUGCAAUGAGGAUAGCUCAAGGUGGCCACAUAAAGAUCCAUUUGCAUACGGACACUCCAGUUCAAGUGGACGGUGAACCAUGGGUCCAGAGUCCUGGAGACGUUGUCGUCCUGAAAUCUGCAUUAAAGGCGACGAUGCUGAAGAAGCGGAAGAGUAAAGUGAAGAGGCGGAAUACAGAGACGGGAAUGCAGUCAUCACUUCAGCCAGCACCAUCCAAUGAUCCCGAUUCCGAAGUCUUCUGAAUCACACACACACACACUCGCCAUUCAUCACCAAAAAAAAAGGAUCAUGUCAUUAAAAAAAAAAUACAAAGACAAUUUUAGAAAAAAAAAUGCGCUAUAUCGUUUUCUUCAACGCUCGCAAGAAAUCUACGAACUCGUCGAUGAUUUUUAAAAAACAAAAGAAAAAUCGGCCUCGCGCGCAAGUGUCGAUUAAAUAAAUUUUUUGUCAACUUAUUAAUUUUUAAGUACUUACUUAUUACAACGCAGCGAUAUUAUAACUUAUAAAAUAAAAAAAAAACACACGAAAAGCCGAAGGAAUUCAAACAAGACGAGAAUUGAAAUAAUCGCCUUUUUUCGUUUCAUUUGAAUUCAAAUAAUAUCAUCUCGUUAGAAUUGAAAUAGAUCAAAAAAAAAAAUUCAAUUGUGAAUAGUUAAGCGAGCGAUAAAUCCGAUCAAAAAAAAAAAAAAUAACCAGACUCAGUAUUGAGUUUACUUUUUUUCCCCAAUUAUUAAUUUCCGUCUCUAGGUUUUUUAUUAUUAAAACUUCGAAGAAGAGAAGCGAACAAAGUAAACUGUAAUGUAUAUUACGUUUCGUAUGGUAUUUUACCAAUUUACAGGAUUAUCAUGAUACGAUUUUGCGCGUAUCAGGAUGUAAAACCCAAGACAAAAAAAAAAAGAAAAAAAAAAGAAAAUCGAUUGUUAUUAAUACAUUAUUAUAUGAAAUAUUUAUCAUUAAAUAUAUAUUAUUAAUAUAUUAAAAACAAAAAAUAUUUACAAUAAUAUUGUAUUAGUAUUUACGAAUUUUUUUGUUAUUCUUCGUUCAUUCUUGCUUUUCGAAAAACGAUCUGACUGCCGGGCAGUCUGGCGAAUAAAAAAAAACCAGUCGCAGUCAGAAUUUCCUAGGGAAAAAAAAGAAGAGAGAGAGGAGGGGGGUCGAGUCGCUGUUACCGAAUUGUUUUUCCGGAUUUCACAACGAUUAAUUAGGUGAGACACCUGGAAACUUCUUGGUUACGCGACACCCUCGUCGAUGAAUUUUUUUCAAAAUUCAUUUUUUUCGUAUUACAUUCCAACAAAGUGUGCGCGACGAGUAUAUGCCAACUCGUCGAUAAAAAAAAGAAACCCUCGAGGUUGAAAUAUUUUGUAACACAAAAAUUUGAAGAAUGUACUUCGUACUCGACGAUGAAAAGUUCCGGUGCCAAAAAAAAUCAAGUUUGUGUAAAUAUAUAAUAAAAUAGUUUAAAAAAAAAAAGGUCGAGUGUAAUUUCAAACGAUGGAAAAAAGGCAAAAUAUGUAAAAAGCGAGUCGAAAAAAAAAAAAUUUCUUUUCGCGAAAAGAAAAAUAAUUUGUGUUACACAAAAUUUUAAAUUUCGAGAAAAAUUGCCUUUGAUAUUGUAAAGAUAGAAAUCAAAGGAAAAUGUGUCGACAUACGGAAAAUAGUUUGUGUUUCAAAGAAAAAAAAAAAAAAAAUGCGCUUGUAGAACGCGCUCUCGCACUUAGACAACUAAUUAAAAAAAAAAUCCCGUAGACUCCCCGCUGGAUGUCUUAAAUAUUAUUCAAAGGUUAAUAUUUGAAUCCUAUUAAUUACCGAAUACAAGAAAAAAAAAAGGGGAGACCCUCAUGUCCGGAUGAUUGAGUUUUGGCCUCCUCUUUUCUCGAACCUGCCACUUGUGUAAGGGGCUCAAUCACUCGUGCUUUCAAAAUCCGGUGACGUGGAGCACGAGUGGAACACUCGCGGCAGAUUUGCGAAAAUAAAACUAAAAGAAUAAUAAUUUUCAUUUCUCAAGAAACAAUUUUUCCAAUCUUCUCUUUCUCUACCCCCCUCUGUAAUACUGUAAUAUUUUCUGUUGCAUAAAGAAUAGACGAUUAAUAAGCUAUGAACAAUCUACGUAUAAUAAAAUGAAUGUAUGUGCUAUAAAAAAA